AUGGCAUGGACAUGGAAGACAUUAUCAAGACUGGUUAUCACGGACUGCCAUCGAGAGCGUCAUGUCCGAAUCAGAUAUACUAUGUAUCGCGUACGAGAACGAUACUGGAUUCCAAAACUACGAGCUGAAGAGGUUGAUACGUUUGGAUCUGGUACCAGGAGUUUCAGCAGUAGCAUUCCUAAAGAUGUUACGCCGAUUUUUUGCAAGGAGAGAUGCACCACAGACCAUUACGAGCGACAAUGCUAUCACGUUUGCGUUAGGCGAUGUCGUUCUACUAGGAUGCUUCGAAACAGCAGGGAACGACCCGAGUGUGGCUGGGGAAAUAAACUACCAAACGUCAAAUUCGGUGGAUCUAAAAUAUUCCUUAUCCAGCAUGGCAAGGAGGUGUAUAUGAGCGCUUAA